AUGCCUAGCGUGGCGGAGUACCAGCAAAAGUAUGACGAGAUCUCAGAGAUCUGUAAGGCUGCGAAGAACGAUUUCUCUAUGUCCAACGCUGAGAAGCGGCGGAUAGCCACUGAGUACGAGGCCGCUCGCACUACAGUGGUUAAGAUAAGACCAAAUAUCGAUGCGGCGGCGAGGACAGGGAGCAUGGAGGUUCCCGCGAUACAACAGAGGAAGGUGUAG